UCUCUGCUUCAGGUCACUGAAGAUUUUAGUUUCUAAAGCUUAAAUUAACCGGAGUUUUUUAUGAUUAUUGAGGUUCAGGACGGAAGCGUUUGCUUUUACUGUUGCUGUGAAAAUAUAUAGGAUCAUUUCAGAUAACAUUACACGAUAAAGAAAAUGAGUUUAGUGAUUUAGAUUGACCAGUCCUAAAUGCUUUUUAAAAAGACGAGUCAACAUCAAACCACCUUUAACUGUAUAUAGAAUCCAUCUUUUUCUCUAGAUAAUUAUUGUUAAGAUUAUAUUGUAAGUGUGCGGUCCGUUGAAUGGUGCAGUUUUAAUCAAUAAUUGUCAAAUGUAGGACUAAGUCUUCUCUUUGCAUCUGCUCUUUAAUUGAAGAAAUACAGCCUGUAAUCUGUUACUACAGUGUCAUAAACUGGUCUUGUCCAAACCGUAUUGACUUCAUCUUCUCCAAGGCUACAUCUUAAGCGGACCCUUUACGUUCAUGGAUAUAUAACAUUUCAACUGUGAAUCGGGCUCGACUCCCACUCAUUUCUUGCAUAAAUGGAUGAUGACGCACCAGAAGAGGUGUUGGCUGACCUCAGGACCAGACACCUUGGAGGUUGGGGUGUUCUGCAGAUAGCUGCUGGCACUGGGCUUGCUGUCUAUGCCAUGUGGGUUGGAGUCCUUCAGCCUGGCUUUCGGAAGGUGCCACUGAAGCUACAGGUCCCCUACAUCCCUGCCAGCAAAGCACAAGUAAAAAAUGUGAUGACUUUGAUGAGAGGUCGAACAGGAGAUCUAGUCGAUUUGGGAUCUGGUGAUGGUCGUAUUGUUUUGGAAGCCUAUCACCAUGGCUUUAGCCCAGCUGUUGGCUAUGAGCUCAACCCAUGGCUUGUACGGCUAGCUCGCCUUCAUGCCUGGAGAGCAGGUUGCUAUGGAAAAGUGUCAUACAGACAAGAGGAUCUCUGGAAGGUCGACUUGUCAAAAUGCAAGAAUGUCACAGUGUUUCUGGCUCCAAGUGUGCUGUCUUUAUUACAGAAGAAGUUGCAGGUUGAGCUUCCGGAUGAUGCCUUAGUAGUGGCCGGCCGUUUCCCCUUCCCAGACUGGAGCCCUUGCAGGAUUGAGGGGCAGGGAGUGGACAGGGCCUGGGCGUACAGCAUGCAAGCACAACGACUGCACACAAGUCAAAAAAAUGAAAACCUCUGGUCAACAGUGAGUGAUUCUGACAAGAAACUGGUUCAGGAAUAACGAUGAACUUUGAAGAUAAACUAAUGCACUUAGUCAGAAUGGCAAAGGUUAAUAGACUGACUUUGGGUUAACUAUUCUGUGGUAGUGAAGUGUUUGGACUCAGUUUGACAAUUUUUACUGUUUGUAAAAAAUUGUAUACCCUCCUUAUGUCAUUUAAUUGUUACAUCAGUUAAGCUUUCAAAGUUUUCAAUAAUACACUCUUGUUUAUUUAUACAGGUGCUAAAUUAAAACGCUGGUAUAAAUAAGACAAAAUGAACCCAUGGAAAAAAGGCUUGUGCAGUGACCUUUGGAAUAUUGAUUGAGUUUUUGGAACAAAUGUUGCUAGGGAAUAGUUACUCUGCUUGAAAUGUCCUACUUUCUGGGUGCACUGGAAGUGUCUUUGCUGUCCUGUGGAACUGGAUUUAUAUUAGUCGUUUUGUUUUUUGUUUGUUUGUUUGUUUGUUUUUUACUUGCCAUGUCUCAUAUUUUAGCUUGUUUUAAAACAAAAGCUGAUGCACUUGCAUUUUUUACCUGCACAUAUUAAAAAAAGAUCUUUUAAGUGUCCUAUAAGUCGUUGUUAAUCAUCAGUGAAAACUGAUGAUUAACGGUGCUGUGUUGUGACUUACAAUGUAGAUAAGAAUCAUACGUUGAGAUCAUAUUUUGAUUAUAAAGCAAUGGAAACCAAGUUAAAUGUCUUGUUUGAAUCAACAAACCUGACAAGUUUAUUCAGAUUCUUAUUUUUAUGAACAAAUAAAGUUCACAGUGGUGCAUUUUUAUUUUUAGCUUUAAUGUGUUUUUAUGUAUCACACACUUGCCUUUUGUGUAUUUUUUUCUGACAGAGAUAACCUUAUUUAUCUUUUGUGUAUUUUUUUCUGACAGAGAUAACCUUAUUUAUUAAACAUACUGUAUUUAUUUUUUCCUAAGCUAUAAAUAAAAAGUAUUGCUAUUAUCUUUCUAUGGCUAAUAAAUUGCAAAUUCAUGUAGAA